AUGCCGUCCCAAAUUGCCCCUCCAUUUAUCCCAGAGGCUUCCCGCCUAACGCCCCCACCCCCGCAAUUCACUACAGACCCUGAGGGCCCAGGUGUCCCCAGUGACCCGGGCAGACCCCAGUGGCACAACUCCCCGGAGACUCCUGAGAGCCCCCGGGUCUGGUACACGGCCCCGCGGUGCGGAUGCGGGUGCGGGUACGGGUGCAGGUCGGAGACCUGGAGCCCAGCCCGGGUCGCCGGGCCCCCCUGCUCGCCGCCACCGCCACCGCCACCGCCACUAGGGCGCCUGGGCUGCUUUGUUUACUACCUGUCGGAAGGAAAAGGGUCCGUGACGCCCCCCGCGUGCGGCUCCAUGACCCGAAGUCUGUCGGGUGGACGCACGGCCGCCAGCGACGCGUUUGGAGCUCCUGGGCGCGCUCACCUGGCGGCCCGCCCGAGCCUGGGCGCCGCUGUAGCCGGCUGGUCCCGUGCCCGGCGACCUGACCCGCGCAGUCACCUACCUGGCGACAGGCAAGGAGGCCUGGCUGUGGGAGGCAGCGUGAGCGCUUGGCCUCCCUCUACCUCAGGCGCCCCCUCUGCUCUCCCAGGACCCUGGGCUGUGCUCCUUUUCCCACCCAGGAGAGGCUUUAUUCCAUGAGCGAGAAGGGGAAGUCGAGGCCCAGAAAAGUUAAGGUCCCCGCCCCAGCUCUGACAACUAAACACGGGGGUGCAGAAGUGGAACCCACGUUUACCAGGGAACUCUGCAGCCUCCAGCAGAGCUUUGCUCCUGGUAGUUACUGGGUACAUUUGCAGUGAACGUUGGCCUGAGCCAGGACCUACUUGGGAACUGGAAGAGUCUGUUGAGCUGGGCAGGGGGUAGCCCUUGAGGAGACUUGGGUACCACGGGAGGGUUUGGGGCCCUGAGCAUGAUAGGGCUGGGAGACUCAAGAAGCCGGGAAGGGCAGGUGCCCUGGAGAGUGGAGGGGUGGUAGGGGCCUGAACUUGAGGAGGCUUUGAAGGCCCCCCUGUUGGGAGGGGACACGAGCCAAUGAGAGGUGAGAAAUGAGGCCUCUCUUAGGUAUUAAAAGUGGGGGCGGCCUGGGGAGAGCGGGCGGGGGGGGGGGGGGGCACUUGGGCACAGUGCUACUGUAGUGGAAGGAGGAAUGGGGUGCAAUGAGAGACAGUCUGUGACAACCACUUUGUGGAGGAAGAAACUGAGGGGCACAGGGGCUCAGACACCUGUCCAGGGCCCUACAGCCGGCCGGUCUCAAGAAGCUUACCCCCAACAUGCACUGUUUCUGUGACUUUCACUAUAAGCUGUGGACACACUGUGUCCUGAUGCUCAUUCUGGGUGGCCGGGCAGCCUCUCUGGGCCACCUUUCAGGGUCUCUGUGGUGUCAUAGGUGAGAGGGGCGGAAUGGUCCCUGCUUUCCUUCCUCCUGGAAUGUUGUGGCCCUCCCACCUCUGAUCUGACCUUGUCUGAAGGGAAAUACACUGGACUUUAUUCAC